CCGGGCAAUCACGCGGUCAGGGAUGAAUGCGGAGCGGCGUCCCACCUUAGGUCGAGGUCGGGCCUGGCGCCCGCCGGCUGGUGACCAUCUUUGUGUACCUCAACUCGCUCCCGCGCGGCGUCGGCUGCACCGACUUCCCACAGCUCAACCUCUCCGUGCAACCAGCCUGCGGCACGGCCCUCGUCUUUUGCAACGUGUUCGCCGACGGCGCCGCCGACCCGCGCGUCGCGCACUGCGCCCGCCCCGUCGACGCGCCGCACCGCAAGUUUGGGUGCAACGUGUGGCUGACAGACGUCACAAUGCAGGCGCACGCCAUCUCCGCGCCGCCCCGCGGCGCCAAGCGACGCCAAGACGCCGCACGCGGCGGCGGCGGCGGCGGCAUCCUGUGCGGCGGCCUGCUUGACUCCGACUCCGACGCCUUCAACGUGCCUCCGCCCGCCGCGCUCGUCGGCCUCGCCGUCCGGAAGCUCUUCCCGCGCCACGGCACCUUCUCGGGCACCGUCGUCUCGCACCACGCCUCGCUCUUCCGCGUGCUCUACUCUGACGGCGACGAGGAGGACGUGCCGCUGGCUGCACUCGCCAAGCUGGCGCUCGCGGCGCCGCAGCACCUCGUCGGCCGGCGAGUGUCGAAGCACUUCCCCGGCCUCGGCCGCUUCGAGGGCGCCGUAGCGUCGCACUCCUCCCGGGACGGUUUCCUCGUCCAGUACGACGACGGAGACGAAGAGCACCUGGCGCCGCCGCAGCUGCUGCGCAUCUUGCUGCCGGUCAAAGGGAAGGGGCGGAAGAAGGCGUGCGGGGCGUGAGCAUGCGGUGUCGCAUCGCGACGAUGUGCCGUUCCGCUCUCUCGCGAGUCCGAGGUGGGCCCCGGCCGGCCGGAGCCCCUUCCUAGGCGGAGGCCGGAGCGGCGCGAUUCGGGUUCAUUACUUGUUGUACCAUACCCAGAACCGAAGAAAUAAUGUACGAC